GUUCGGUCUCCUUAUUCUACUUCAUGGUCGUUGUAUUUCGUCGAUAUGACAGAUUUUCUAACCUGUAUAAUUAUCAACUUUAAUGAGUAAUAUCUUUAUUCGUGGAAUAAAGCGAUACUUUUUGCUGUUAGAUUCUUUCAUUUUGUAUAAAAACGCGACAAAUGAGCCUAAUAUCAUCAAAAUUGGAUUAAUUGAAGUGGUGUGUUUUAAAUAAAUACUAAUCGAACUGGUUUAAAAUUUUUUGUUAUUCAAUCAAUGAGUAACAAAGAUAGAGCAACGCUUGUGUUGACUCGUGUCUCGUGAAAGCAUCCUUACUCAGCGAUUUCGUAAUUGUUCUGUGAAGUAAACUUUGUAAUGAUUAUUAUUAUUAUUAGCUCGCAUUAAACCAGUUUUAAUUUAGUUUUGACAUAACGUAUGAAAAGUGUCAUCAUUUAUGUUGGUUCUUUUAAUUGAAAACGAGCGAAUUAAAAGAAAGAAGUGUAGUACCGAGUUCCGAAGGAAUACAUAUAUAUAAAUGUUUUUAAAAAAUUUGAAUUACACGAUUAUGCACUUCCAAAGUGUUAAACGUAUUUAACCACUUUUCUAUGCAAUUUUAAGAGAGUUGAUAUCGUCAAUUAGUAUUUCUCAUUCUUCUCUCAGUCUGUAGAACCAUGUGCACUUCCGUGAAAAACAAGGAUUCUCCACAAUGUCAGGAUACAUUGCAGUGUGUGAAACAAUUAUGCUGGAAUAUUUUACGAUGUAUAAUUGUACAACUACAUUUCCUUUUUGACAUGAUCAUAGACUUUGCCUUUGGCAUGUAUUACGAUAAAAAAGUGAAGAAGGUGCCACCAGUAAAGAAUAAAUUACUGUUAGAAAGUGCAGUUUCUUUAGCAGAGAAGAUUAGGACGAAGAAGGUUACAUCAGAGGAAAUUGUGAGGACUUAUAUUGAGAGAUGCAAGGAGGUAAAUGGUUUGAUAAAUGCAGUCGUGGAAACUAGAUAUUCAGAUGCAAUUGAAGAAGCAAAGGCAGUAGAUGCUAUGAUAGAAAAAUGUACGGAUUUGGAAAAAAUAAAGAUAUUGCAGCCAUUCUUGGGAGUACCUUUCACCACGAAAGAAAGCAAUCGAGUUAAAGGUUUAAUCCAUUCCAUGGGCUUGCCCUGUCGUCGUAAUCAUCGUGCGGAGGAGGAUGCCACUGCAGUUCGUUACCUUAAAGAGGCUGGUGGGAUUUUAAUUGCUACAACCAAUGUUCCUGAGCUCAACUUAUGGACCGAGUCAAGGAAUAAUCUAUACGGACAGACAAAUAAUCCUUAUAAUACCACUAGAACGGUCGGUGGCAGCAGUGGCGGGGAAGGAGCCAUAGUAGCAGCAAGUGGUUCUCCGUUCUCUAUCAGUAGUGAUAUAGGAGGUUCUAUAAGGAUGCCCGCGUUCUUCAAUGGAUUGUUUGGUCAUAAGCCUAGUGAAGGGUUGACUCCAAUGUCUGGAAUCGGAUUGCGGGAGAAAGAUUAUCCAGAUACUAUAGCAGCAGUUGGACCGAUUUGUAGGAAGGCUGAAGAUCUGAUACCCUUUGUGAAAGUAUUAAUUGGUCCUAACGUGACUAAAUUAAGGCUAGAUGAACCGGUCAAUCUAAAGAAUUUGAAAGUGUUCUAUCAAGAGAGUUCUGGCGAUUUGAGAACAAGCAAAGUGAACAGGACUAUGCGAGCUACAUUAACAAAGGUGGUACAACAUUUCAAAGAAUUGACAGGUUCUGCAACAAAGAUUAAAAUACCAGGUUCCGAAUAUAGUUUCAAACUGUGGAGAUAUUGUAUGAGUUGCGAGGAUGUUAAUUUCAAGCUAAAUAUCACGGAUCGAAAGUAUGUCGCCAGCGCAAGUGGAGAAAUUUAUAAUCUACUUACUGGAAACUCACAGUUAACAUUUGCUGCUAUCAUGAAAUUAAUAGAUGAGGAUUUGUUGCCGCGGGAGAACGCCGAAUGGGCAAAAAAUGCCACUGCAAAAGCGAAACAAUUCUUGGCGGAGAAAUUGGGUGACAACGGAAUAUUAUUUUAUCCUUCGGCACCAUUUCCCGCUAUCUAUCAUUAUUCUGCAUUUUUGAGACCUUUCAACUUUGGCUAUUGGUGUUUAUUCAAUAUUUUGCGAUUUCCAACUUGCCAAGUGCCACUAGGGUUGGACGACAAGGGUUUACCAGUUGGUAUUCAGGUGGUAGCAGCUCCUUAUAAUGAUCAUCUAUGUUUUGCGGUGGCUAAAGAACUUGAAGCAGCAUUCGGUGGUUGGGUUCCACCAUCAUGAAUCUCGUGCAAAGUACAUGACUUUUUAUUUAAAAAAAAUUAUGGUAAGUAAUAUAUAAUUGAGUGCUACAUUCACUUGAAACAGCAUUCGGUGGUUGGGUUCUAUCAUUAUGAAUCACGGUGGAAAGUACAUGUGUCUUUUUAUUAAAAAGAAUUAUGUUAAAUAAUAUGUAAUCGAUUUCUACAUUUAUUUGGAGCAUUUGUAAAAUAAGGGGAUAAUAGGUAAUACAUAGAAUGUCCCUAUUUACCGCACCAUCUGUUAACAGCAGAUUUCUGAAGUUUAGAGAUGAAAAUUCAAAAACGUUGAAAUUACAAUAGUUUUUAAACAAAAACAAAAUGUUUAAAGAUGAGAAAAAAUUGAAUCAUCCUGGGAUAUUGUGCGUAAUAAUUAGGCUGUGGAAAUGUAAAAACGCUAUUGCAAAUACAUAUCUGUUGUCAUAUGUUUUUUAUCAAUUUAUUAUGAUAAAUUAUAUGAUAGGAUAAGUCCGGUAUACAUACAUGUCGCAUCUAUCUUAAUUAAAACUUAAUUUUUUUAUCAAGUAUUUAUUAUGCUUAAGUAAGUAAAUUAUAUACUUAAAACUUUGUACUAUCUAUAACUUUAAAAAAUUAAGAAUAUGAUAUAUUCUUUUUAUGUUUGAGAAAAUGAACUUUUAAAAAUUUUUGCAUUUUUGUACUGUAUAUAAAAAAAAGAUAGGAUAUAUAGCUAUUCAUUAGUGUGAGACAAUUAAGGUGAACAAAGAAUACAAGCUACGCACUUGUAUUUUAUUACACUACACCUUUUAAUUGUCCUCACACUUAUGUUACAAAAUAACUAAUGUCUAUUUCCAAUACAUUUUCUGUAAAAAAGCAAUUAUUUUACAUAGUUGUGUAAUAUAUCGUUUUGCUACUUAUUGACAAAUUUAUUCCAAUCACGAAUUUUUAAUUAAUAUUAACAUAAAAUAUUAAAAUCACAAUACAAUACUAAUAUAACAUUAAUAAAGACAUAUAAUAGAGCAGUUGUCUUUACUUACCUUCACCCAUUCUUUUCUUUUAUUUCUGCGACAUAAAUACUCGUACGGCGUAAAUACCGGAAUUUUCUUCUGCGACAUAAAUCUUUGCAUAUAAAUACCGGAGUUAUCCUAUAUUAAUUUGAAUAUGUGAUACUUCUGUAAUAAACUCUUAAGGGAAUACUAAACCUAAGGCUGAACGUCCUUGACGUCAGUACUACAGAUUCUUUUUUUGAGCGAAAGUCGAGCGGCAUGCAGGGCGAAGGAUAAGGGGAAUAGUGCUAAGGCCAGGCGAGUAGUCUUGUUUUAACGCAAACAUGAAUACAUCAUCUGUCUUUGUUCUUCGAUUUUAACACUAUUUAAUAAAAAAUCUGUCACCUACUGUAUCACAAAAUAACUGCUCUGUUUACAUAGUUCAUCUUUGCUGAGCGAAAUAUACCUACAGUAAAGGUUCAUCAGAAUAUCUUUUUUGUUUGUUUUUUUAACAAUUUUUUAACUUUAUUCAAUUUUCUUGUAUACCAUUACCAAUGUAUUUGUUACACGCAUUUAAAUUCUGGAAAAAGUUUUUGUAAUUCUGUAAAGCCAAUUUUAAGAUAUUCAGAUGAUGUAAAUGUUGAUAAUUCACGCGACUUUAGUAUCUCUUUAAUGAUCUGAAUACACAUAAUGUAUGUACACAUAUAUGCACAUACAUAAUUUAUUGUAAAAUUAAUAUAUUUUUCUAUUGUUUUAAGUAUACACAAACAAUGAUCAUAUAUUAAUUAAGUUACACAUAUGCAAUGAUUAUGUAAACUAACUGUUCUUUAAUAAGUUUAGUUAGUAAAAUUAAAUAGACAAUAAUAUGUCAUAAUUUAAAAAAAAAUU